AUGGUCUCAUUUACUUAUGUCGGGGGGCUCCUAUCCAGAGCUUCCUGGUUAAUGUCUAUUAAGGAGACUUCGAUUGCGAAUCAAGAAACAUACUUAGACAACACAAUCCAGGCCAUUUCCCAACUCCAGAACUGGUACAACGAGGACACCGGGUUGUGGGACACGACUGGUUGGUGGAACAGCGCAAACUGCUUGACAGUGCUUGCAGACUUCGCGGUGCUGGGUGUUGACAGCGGCCUGAAUAUCGCGGCAAUCAUCCAGAACACAUAUGAACAAGCCCAAAAGACAGUUGUUACGGCACAAAAGACAAUCUCGGCAGCCGGGCUGCCUGUAUCGAGCUACACGAGAGUCACCAAGCGAGAUGGUCUCCAGAAGCGAGGGUUCGACAACUUCCUGAACGACUACUACGACGAUGAGGGCUGGUGGGCCUUGGCCAUGAUCCGUAGCCAUGACCUCGGCGUUCAGGGCCUUGGGGAUCAGCAGUAUCUUCAGGCCGCGGUCGAGAUCUUCGAAGACAUGAAGGCCGGGAACUCGAGUUGCGGUGGAAUCUAUUGGAGUAAGGUCACAAAGUAUACCAAUGCUAUUGCCAACGAGCUUUAUCUCAGCGUGGCUGCGUCCCUGGCGAACAGGAUGACCAACAAGGAAUACUACCUGGACAUCGCCGUAAACCAGUGGAACUGGUUUAAGAACAGCGGAAUGAUCAACUCGAACAACCUGAUCAACGAUGGACUUGACGACAGCUGCAAGAACAACGGGCAGAACACAUGGACAUACAACCAGGGUGUAAUUCUGGGCGGUCUCGUAGAGCUCUACAAAGCCACCAACGACGCAGGCCUCCUUCUCGAGGCGCAAACGAUAGCCACGGCGGCCAUGAACACCUUGCAGCGCAAUGGCACCUUGUACGAAGGUUGCGAGCCGAAUUGCGGUGCCGACGGAGCCCAGUUCAAGGGCGUCUUCAUGCGCAACCUGCGCUAUCUCCAGGAUGUGGCCCCCUUGCCUACCUUCAAGGCCUUCCUAAUGCACAAUGCCGACUCGAUCUGGGCCAACGACCGCAACGGGACGCAGCUCGGCGUCGCUUGGACCGGUCCCUAUACCACGGCGGAUGCCGGCUCGCAAAGCUCGGCUAUCGACGCUUUGAGCGCUGCUAUGGCAGUGGCCUCGUAA